AUGGAGCCAUCGAAAGAAUUUAGCAGAUUAGUUAUUAACGAACCUGAUAAAAGGGAUAAUCAAGAAUUUUUAAAUUCAAGCGAUGAUACUGAUAACAACGAUGAAAAAUUAGAUAAGAAGCAGCCAUUGGUAAAAAAGGGAGAUAUGCAGGAAUACGUCGAGGUUCCAUUUUCCGAAUUUAAAAGAGGACAAGAAAAUACGCAAUCAUCCAAUUUUUAUCGAAGUUCAAUUUUAAAUUCACAUUCGGAUAAUAUAAAUAAAGCCAUUGCUAACUACGGCAAAAAACCAAAGACAAUGAAAAGAAAAUCUAUAAAAGAUGGAAAAGUCAUAGAAAUAUCAAUUAUCUCUUUUCAAAUAGACGACACAAAAGAUAUUUGGAGAAGAAAUAGUUACAGCAUAAUUUUUGCGGAUUUUAUUUUUCUGGAUGUUAAAGGAGAGAAUACGGAAACUCCAGAAUCACGUCCCAUACCUAAAACAAGCGACGAAAUAUGCGAAUUUAAUUUUCGAAUCGAAAUUGUCAUAACAGAUAAACAUUUACAAGCUUUAAAUUCUGUAAAAUAUAAUCUCGAAUUAGAUUUGAUUAUAUUUAAAAUAGUAACCGAUACAGAUUUGGAAGAUAAAGAUUGCGAAGAUAUCGGUUUCAACAGAGGACCAUUUUCAAUAGAUGUUCGAAACAUGUCAAAUCAUUCGGAAAUAAUUGGAACGUUAGUCGUUGAAAUUUCCGUUUCCCCCGAACUUGAAAAUAUACAUUUUUUUAAAUUGUAA